AGAGUCCACUACUGUGUAAACUCGGGAAACUGAUUUCUUCAAAGCGGCCGGUGCAGAUUUGGUGCUCUGUACAACGUCCAAGUUAUAGAUUGUGUGCGCUUCCAGUCCGGGGAGAUAAUAUUGUACAUAUUGGUGGAUUUAGCACAUUUCGUUCCGUUAUCUGCGGUGACAGUGGGAAGAAUCACCCUCGACGUGGACGUGGUCAGUUGGCGUGUCCCGACUCGGAGUGACGGCUGUGCGGUCCUAUGAUUCCUCCUAAACAUUUUUCGCACUGGCCCCUUUUUUAAAAACUAACUAUAUAUCGCUAACUUUAGUUAUAUCGCGACCUAUUUAACGCCUUCGUCGGAAGCUGAAGACGGCCGGGGUUUCAAGAUGUCUGUAGCGGGCUUGAAGAAGCAGUUUUAUAAAGCCAGCCAGAUGGUGAGUGAGAAAGUCGGAGGUGCGGAAGGAACUAAACUAGAUGAUGACUUCAGAGACUUGGAACGGAAAGUAGAUGUGACCAGUAAAGCGGUAGUGGAGGUUAUCUCCAAAACGUCAGAGUACCUUCAGCCCAACCCAGCAUCACGGGCCAAACUGUCCAUGUUGAACACCAUGUCUAAGAUCCGUGGUCAGGUGAAAAAUCCAGGCUACCCUCAGGCCGAGGGGCUGCUAGGGGAGUGCAUGGGCAAGUUUGGACGGGAACUUGGAGAGGACACUAACUUUGGCGGAGCACUAGUAGAUGUUGGAGAGGCCAUGAAGAGAUUGGCAGAGGUCAAAGACUCUCUAGAUAUCGAUGUCAAACAGAACUUCAUUGAUCCAUUGCAAGGGCUUUGUGACAAGGACCUCAGAGAGAUACAGCACCACCUGAAGAAGCUGGAAGGCCGUCGCCUGGACUACGAUUACAAGAAAAAGCGCCAGGGCAAGAUCCCAGAUGAGGAGGUUCGACAGGCCCUGGAGAAGUUUCAUGAGUCAAAGGAAGUGGCCGAGACUAGCAUGUACAACCUGCUGGAGACUGAUAUAGAGCAGGUGAGCCAGCUGUCAUCUCUGGUGGAGUCCCAGCUACAGUACCACAGACAGGCUGUGCAGGUGCUGGAGGAGCUUUCUGACAAACUCAGAGACAGGAUGAAUGAGGCUCAGACUCGACCAAGACGUGAAUACACACCUAAACCCAAGCCAAUCUUUGACUUCGGGGAUGAUAACCAUUCAAAUGGCGGCUACUCAACCUCAAUGGCGCUGCCACCUUCACGCAACUCAGAGCCGUCUUUUCACUCUGCCAGAUUGUCCUUUCGGAAACCCGGAUUGCCCCCGGAGCAGCCGAGCUGUAAGGCGCUGUACGACUUUGAGCCAGAGAACGAGGGAGAGCUGGGCUUCCGCGAGGGCGAUAUCAUCACCCUGACCAAUCAGAUCGACGAGAACUGGUACGAGGGCAUGCUGAACGGCCAGUCGGGAUUCUUCCCUCUCAACUACGUCGAGGUGCUCGUUCCGUUGCCACACUAAUAUAAAGAGAGCAAGAGAGCCAUGGAGGAGACUGAUGGAGAGGAGGAGGAGAGGGAGAGUAGAAUUAGUAGAGAGGGAGGAAAGUGAAGCCAAGGGAUGGUCCGCAGAAUAUUCAUUUUCACCUUCAGCUCCAGCGCCAUCAUCACAGACGAGCACUUUUUGUCAACUGGAGUUCUGGAGAAGACGGUCACACUUCAAAGUCCAGACCAGAAUAUCAACCUGUUCCACCCAAAGGUAGAAGGAUCUAAGAUGGAUGCAAAACGUCAUUACUCGUUAUCUGGCAGUCAGAAACAUUUCUUGAGGACUAACUAAUGACACAUUUAUAAGCAAUAUUUUUCUUUAACUAGAAAUUCCUGAUGUAGUAAAAGCCAAUUGGUGAUUGUCUGGUCAUUAUGAUGACUGGUGUGGCACAUUCAUGUCAUCUUUUUUUGUGUGACUGCAGUUUGUUUAAAACUCAGGUUGGUCACCAACUUAACAGUCAGUUUUCAGACUGGAGAGGCCAACUCAAACCUCACAGUAAAUGUGUAACUUGACUGAAUAUUAUCCUCAUUUCAAAACCCAAAACCUUGUUUGUGCCCCUUUUUAAGGACUGGAGCUCAUCUCUGCCACCUGCUGGCAGGACUGAGAAUAACUUUUACCUAAACUAAAAUGGAACCACACACAACUAAAUGUAGUUUAACUAGUUGUAUCUAAAAAGACAAAGUACUGCAUUCAUAUUUUUAAUGAAAAUAAUGAGCCAGAAUUAGCCUCAGACCUGUGAUUUCGACCGUUUUGAGCUUUUGGCCUAUUUGUAAUGCUCUUUUUAAAGAUCUAAGUGUAAGCUGUGCACUGAUGCUAGCUUCAAAAGACAACAGGCCUGAUACAGUGGUUUCCUUUUAAUUUUGUUUCAGUAUUCGAUUUAUGUUAGUCUCAACCUACUAGAGUAGUUUUUAAAGUAGAACUGCUUACUGAAUAUGUGAGAAAAUGUUGUAAUUGCACCUUGGUCCUCAAAUGAGAUUGAUGUGUGUGUGACUUACUCCACCAUUACACACAGACCCCAAAGUUAAAUGCAGACGUUGCACCUUUUUGUCACUUAAUGCAGGUGUGUGUUUGUUGUGUAGAGAUGCAGAAUGAUUAGUUGUUUAGUGGUGUCUGCUAGUCUGUUCAAUAGAGGAGACAGAGCCAAAAAGUUGAUCAAAUGCAAUAGAAACAUAUCGCUCGCUUGUUAAACUGCUAACUAUUCUGUAACAUAGCCAUAUAUUCAUUUAGUUUUGGGCCUGUUUGUCUUAACGUGUUAAGCCUUUUCCUUUAUUCGGUCCUUGACCCCGUUUUAGGCGGCUGUUAACUCCAUACAGUGCCUCAAUAGAUGACGCUGCUGGCAGCGACUCAGUCUUUCAUAUUCAUCAAUAACUGUCUGCCCUCGUGUCUUUGAGAAUGUGAAACUCGUCUGUGCUUUGAAACUUAUUCUGACCCUGUGAUUCUGAUGAUUUACAGCAGCUCUGAUUCGAUUUAUUUGUUAGUACAUUUGGGCUGAUGUAGACAGGUGUUGUUCCUUUUUAUCUAUUUAGACAAGGCUGGUUUCUUGUUGAGGAUUUAGCCACAGUCCACACCUGCAGAUGGAGUCUUAUCCAACAUACACUGUACAGUAUGAGGGAAAGACCUGGAGUGAAAGGGAAAACAUCAAGGGAAAAAUAAGUGUAAGCUGUUGUCCAUUUUGACUCAUUUGGAGAACGUUUGUUACCAAACACGAAUCCUUACCAAACAGUUACCGUCAGUCCUGCUGAUUUUGAAUUGUUUGGCAGGGGGACAAGUUUUAAUUGUGAAUGAAAAAUGUGUGCUCUUUCACUGUUUGCAGUAUCUUUAUGCUACAUUUCCCCUCUUUAGAUCUGUGUUUGUCCAUCACUCCACGCUCCCAAACACUUCCCCCUCUCCUGAGUUUCGUCCUUGUCUAAUAUGUUUACAUUUCUGAUCUUACUACAUUUCAAUGCUUGUAUCAAGUUCAGGGCAAAGUUUAAGGACUGUAGCAGGUGCUGUCUGGAUCCCAUUGUUAUAAAAAAAAAAAAAAAAA